GCCGGCGGCGGCGGGGCCGGGCCGGGCCGGGCCGGGCCGGGCGGAGCGGGCGCUGCCAUGGACGCGCUGAGCCGGGCCGAGCCCCGGCCCCGCCGGCCCGCACCCGCCUCCCCGCUGCCCUGGGCCCGCUUCUCCGCCUGGCUCGACUGUGUCUGCGUGGUCACCUUCGACCUGGAGCUGGGCCAGGCCAUGGAGUUGGUGUAUCCUUAUGACUUUAGACUAACAGAGAAAGAGAAAACGAGUAUCUGCUACUUGUCCUUCCCAGACUCCUACUCAGGUGGCCUGGGGGAUACUCAAUUUAGCUUCCGCCUUCGUCAGUCUGGGGGACAGCGGACCACUCAUUACGAGGAUGACGGCGAGUACAAUAGAGAAGCACCCCUAACGCUGCAGCGGGAGUCAGCUCAUUACUUCGGUUAUGUAUACUUCAGGCAAGUCAAGGACAGCUCGAUGAAGAGAGGUUAUUUUCAGAAGUCUCUGGUGCUGGUGUCGCGCCUUCCAUACGUGAACUUGUUCCAGUCGUUGCUGCAGCUGAUUGCUCCGGAAUACUUUGACAAGCUGGAGCCGUGCCUGGAGGCAGUGUGCAACGAGAUUGAUCAGUGGCCGCCUCCUGUGCCAGGACAGACUCUGAACCUUCCAGUGAUGGGAGUUGUCAUUCAGGUGAGAAUCCCAUCAAGGGUGGAUAAACCAGGAUCAAGCCCGGUGAAGCAGUUCAACCAAGAGAAUCUGUUACCUGCCCCACUGGUUCUCCCCAGUAUUCAUGAACUGGAUCUUUUCAGGUGUUUCCAGCCAGUGCUCAUUCACGUCCAGAUGUUAUGGGAGCUGAUGUUACUGGGAGAGCCAAUUGUUGUGAUGGCACCGUCCCCUACAGUUUCUUCAGAAAUGGUUCUGGCACUUACCAGCUGCCUUGCUCCUCUGAGGUACUGCUGUGACUACCGUCCCUAUUUCACUAUCCACGACAGUGAAUUUAAGGAGUACACCACCAGGACACAAGCUCCGCCAAACAUUGUUGUGGGAGUCACAAACCCUUUCUUUAUCAAAACUCUCCAGCACUGGCCACACAUUCUUCGGGUCGGGGAGCUCAGAAUGUCAGGAGACCUGCCCAAGCAAGUCAAGGUGAAGAAGCUCGCUAAACUGAAAACUCUAGACACAAAACCAGGAAUCUAUACUUCGUAUAAAACAUUUCUUCACAAAGACAAAACCCUGAUCAAAAGACUCCUGAAGGGGAUUCAGCGGAAACGCCCGUCUGAAGUCCAGAGUGCCCUUCUGAGGCGUCACCUCCUGGAGCUCACCCAGAGCUUCAUUAUUCCCCUGGAGCAUUAUAUUGCAAGUCUGAUGCCUCUGCAGAGGGCCAUUACUCCAUGGAAGAAUCCUCCACAGAUCCGUCCUUUCCGCCAGGAAGAUUUCAUGAAGACCCUUGAGCAUGCUGGUCCCCAACUUACCUGUGUACUUAAGGGUGACUGGUUGGGCCUCUACAGGCGCUUCUUCAAGUCUCCCAACUUCGAUGGCUGGUACCGUCAGAGGCACAAGGAGAUGACCCAGAAGCUGGAGGCCCUUCAUUUGGAGGCCAUCUGUGAAGCGAACAUUGUGGCCUGGAUGAAGGACAAGUCCGAGGUGGAGAUUGUAGACCUAGUGCUAAAACUUCGUGAGAAGCUGGUACGAGCCAGGUGCCAGCACCUGCCCGUGAAGGAGGAAACUCUGCAGCGCGUGGGCCUGUAUAUUGAGACCAUCAUUGGCUCCUUGCCAGAGGAUCUCCAGACCGUGCUGCACCACCACUGAGCGCGGUGACGGGACUCUCUUGGAGAAGGAAGGGCCUUCCCACCCUGCUCCGAGCUGCGGGCGGCUGCACUUGCGUUUGGAAAGGAGAGUUCCUCCCCGAUCCAGCCAGCGUGACCUGAUCUGGACCUUGCUCACAACCGUGGAUGAUUUUGAGCACGUGAGCGCGUGGGUCGGAACUGUAGCAGAAAAUGGGGAACCCUGUGCCCUAUUCUCUGGCUAGUCCUGCUUCGAGGAGCUGGGUCAGGGGACUGGAAAUGAGAAACUCUUCCCUGUGUGGCUGUUCGUAGGUCAGAAAGUGACAGCCAGGCUUCCAGCAGCAUGUGGUAGGCUGUGCAAAACACGCGUUGCCCAUAUAUACACAUCCAUCUUUGGCUACUGCUUGGGCUCUCAAAAUUCCAAUGCCGUCAUCCUGCCUGGAAGAAGCAGGACCAGCCCUGUGUGGAGGGGGGGGAGUUGUUUUCAGGCUGGUAACGAGAGAGAUGCUAGUCCCCCCACAUACAAAUGAUGUGGAAAAAUUGUCGCUGCCCGUUCAGCAGCCUGACUCAUGCCGGCAAGAGCUUCAGCCGUGAUGGGAGUGGGAGGAUGAAUUGCUGGAUGUGGAAUGCCGUUGUUUUUUCUCCAAGGCAGAGAGAGAGAAGAAGAAGGGGCUGGUGCAUCUGCAAGGAUCAGAGCUCUCCAGAGAUCAUGGCGGGGUGCUGUGUGAAUGACAGUCGCUACUGGAGCUCCACAGAGAGGAGCUGGUCUCCAAAUAUAAUUUAUUCUGCUUGAAAAAUCGAGUUUGUGUGCUCUAAUGAUGUACGAGAGAGCUGGAGCUCUGCCUUGGGCAACGAGAUCUCUCAUGUGGCCAGCCCACUUGCCGAUAAAACACGUUGGAGAGUCCGAUUUGUACAGCCUGCGUCAGCCUUGCCAAGAGGGAGCUCCCGGAGCGUCCCGUGCCUGGGUGCAGGGGCAGCAACCCCUCCGGCUCCCUUCUGGGCUGGAAGCAGGGAAGACUUGAGGCUCCGCUACCAGUUUUGGAGGCAGCUGCCCUCUGCCCGAGAGCGUGCUCGUUCUGCCAGCUGCCUUGGAAACGGAUUUGCCGUAACACCGGGGUUGGUCGCUGCUACUGUGACUGCAUUUCACCAUCUGCCCCUCUGGCCGGGGCCUGAACGUUUGCCUAAAGAAGGGGUUUGGGGAUGGGCCUGGCAGCCUGACGCUCUGCGGGAAGCCCUGGAGCGUCCCGUUGCUCGCGGCAGGAGAGUUUGGCAUUUCAGCCCAGACCUGCGCAAAGCUCCGUCGGUCCCGGUGCUGGCGGGGUGGGAGCUGUGCGGUCCCUGGCAGUCCCUGCCCGUCGCUGCACCGCCUCGGCGCUGGAGAGAUGUCGGUGAGACUCGGGGGUGGCUGAACCCUUCUUGCCUUUCCCCUCCGGAGCCAGGCAGGGACAGUGCGGGGACAGCGGGAGGCUGCUCGGUUCCCUACCGCCUCCAGCCUGGAAGCGGCCGAGCGAGGAGACGCGGCCGUACCUCCCCGCAGUAACCGCUUCUGUACGGAGCUCCGCGGCGGCAGCCCUGCCUGUACAGUGUAUAUUCUGUAUAUAGAGCUCGUGGGUGCGUCCGUGCGAUAGCUCUGCAGUGACUGUGGUGGACCGAAGCACUAAUGUAUAGUAGAAAAUAUUAGUUAAAAAA